GGAUGCAGAGGAUGCUUAGUUCUCAUCUAUCACAGAAGCUGUGGCAGCCAUGUCUGAGGAUCAUGAAGGGGAUCCUGGCUCUGGGCUGUGCAGGGUGUCUAUACUCUGUUGUCUCACACUGGCAUGUUCUUAUGUAGGCAGCUUGUAUGUAUGGAAGAGUGACCUUCCCAGAGACCACCCUGCUGUGAUCAAGAGGAGGUUUACCAGCGUACUGAUUGUAUCCUCAUUGUCCCCAUUAUUCCUGUCAGUAUGGAAGGAGUUAACUGGAAUCAAGACAGAUGCAGCUUUCCUUUCCCUUAUGGGUUUCCGUCUUGAAAGCAUUCUUACAGCUACAGUUUUACCUCUGUUAUUGACCAUGAUAUUGUUCCUUGGUCCUCUUGUCCAGCUCUCUAUGGAUUGUCCAUGGGACUUCCUUGAUGGCUUGAAAGUAGCUUUUGAUCCUAGGUUCUGGAUGCUCUGCAUAACUGACAUGCGGUGGCUACGUAACCAGGUGAUUGCCCCACUAACAGAGGAGUUGGUCUUCAGGGCCUGCAUGCUUCCUAUGUUGGUACCAUGUACUAGCCCUGGGACAGCUAUCUUUACAUGUCCAUUAUUCUUUGGCAUUGCUCAUUUCCAUCACGUUAUUGAGCAGCUACGAUUUCGACAUGGUACUGUUGUGAACAUAUUUCUGUCAGCUGCAUUUCAAUUUUCAUAUACUGCAGUGUUUGGAGCUUACACAGCCUUUAUCUUCAUUAGAACAGGGCAUAUUAUAGGACCCGUACUUUGCCAUUCCUUCUGCAAUUACAUUGGAUUCCCAGCAAUAUUUACAGCUUUGGACCAUCCACAACGCAUAACUAUUCUCAUUUUCUACAUUCUUGGGGUUGUACUUUUUUUUCUUCUACUUAAUCCCAUGACUGAUCCUGCUCUGUAUGGGGACAUACCUAUCUGUUACUUAUUGGAGAGAGAAUCCGUAGACCACCGCUCACUUUGUUCCUGACAUCAGAAGCUGUCAUUACGCUGACCACCUUGAAUGUUCUAUUAAGUCUGGCAAAAGAUGAUUAUAUGGUCUUGUGAGUCCAUCUGUUUUAACACAUGUGGUUCACAAGCACCCCAGUUUCACACAUGUGGCAACCUGAUCAGGUGCAGAAAUGUUGGUUAAGCUUUGUUUAGAUGUCAUAUGAACUACUGAAUGUCAGCUUAAUGACUGGUUUUGUGCUGAGCCAUCUUUUAAUAAUUUUAAGAAAUGGACAUUUUUUGACAUUAUUACCAAACCCAUUCAGAGCGAUGGAUUCACAGUUGACCUAUCUUUUUAGGCUACAUUUUUAAGACCAGGUGCUCUUCACCAGAUAUCAUAUAUAUUUUUGGAUGUAAAUGUAUUACAUAAUGCUAUAUUUUUUUACAUAUUGAAACUAGUCAUAAAAUAUUUUCAGCUUUAUUGAAGCAUGGGUAAAAGUUCUUGAAAGAGUCUUACAAAGGACGUUCAGAGCCAUGUACCUUCUGUACUCCUCUUUCUCAUAAUGACAGUGGGAGACAUGUUUGUACAGCUGAACUUUUUUUUUUUAGUGAUGGGAGUUUUCAGAAUUUCAGUUAAUUAUUAUUUAUGGAUAAUGGUGAAAAGCUGCUAUAAAAGGUCAUGUUGGCAACUACAAGGGUUCAGUCUUUGUAUCUGUACUUCUGCAUCUGCUGCUGUUUAAUUUCUUUUAUUUGGAGCAAGGGCUAAACUGUAUGUGGAUUUUUUUUAACACUUCUUGACAUCAAAAUUAUCUGCUUGCUUGUUCAAACCACUGAAUUCGUUUUUUUUGCAGCUAAGGCAGUUGCCAAUGAGGUUAACCUCAAGCUAGUAAAUUAUGUAAAAUCUCAUGUGUAGCUGAACCCUAAACAUUGGUGCAUAUGAUUACAAUAAAAGAAGAUAAACCCUUUCCUUCACUAGGCACAGAGUAUAAAAUAAACUCACUGAGUGAUAGAAA